AUGGACACCGUUGUAUCCCCGCCGCAAGGUAUGGGACAUGGAGAGCCGCAGACUAUCCAUCCAUUCUUUCAACAAGGUACGAGAGCUAUGAUUUGGGGUGCCUGGUCAGCUAAACUUACCGGUGGAAUAACGGCUUCACAGGCUAUGGGGGGUUUGCCGCGAUCAGUCCCGUCAAACGAGCCUGCAAACGUCUUGACUGCACCCAACCCAAACUCCUCAAACCAUACCCAUUUGCCAGAACAACCGACCUCACUUGCCUCGAAACCUCGAAGAUCAAGCUCGCCUGCCCCCGAAGCCAUGGAAAUACAGCCCCCGUCCCCAAAAAGUCCCGAAGAAGACCUCAAUUCUAGCCGGAGGAAGAGGCGAAAGACAGAAAAAUCCAAGAAGGCUGAUCGAGACGCACCGCUCAGAGCCGGGUUGUCAGAAUGGCUAGGAAAGGAAAUCGCUCCACCACGCCCCUCGGCUGAUACUCCAGUUGUCCCAACUGCAACCAAGAUAUCGGAUAUUGAGCUGCCAGCUACAUCAACUCUCCCUGGUCCCGAAGAACCACAGCAAGGUCAACCGAUUACCACCUCGAACCAAGUUCCCUCGGCGGAGCCCACAAUACCGGCAGCGCAAUCCGACAAGGAAAGAAAAACACUAAGACUAAAUUCCAACGGACGGUUAUUGAGCUCUCCUCCUGUUGCAAUCGCCAGACCUCGGUGCAUCGAUCAAUGCAAUCCUCAGGGGCGAGAAAACACAUACUCCACCACCCCUGCUCCCCCUGCUCGCCCAGCCAACAUCGAACAGAAGCCGGCUAAACCAACUCAUCCCUUCUUCGCUAAGAAACCGUCGAAACCGCAAGAUAUCAUGUCUGAAAGAAGCGAUGAUACUGCACAAGACUUGCCCGAGCAAAACACACACUCGGAGCCGGUUGCCAAGAAGGUCAUCAAGCCUCUUGUAACAACGUUUCCAUCCUCCCGGCCUCGAAAACCCAAAUUCCAGGAGCUUUUACAUCCCCUUUGGCCUACACGAGAUCUUUUCCAUGUGAGUGGAAUCGAGCCUUGUCGGCAGCUACGAGGAGAUGGAGCUAUGCCUUCCACUCAAGAUUACAAGAAAUCAAAAUUGGCAGCAGUCAGCGUGACCGAUGAGGAAAAUGCAUUACUCAGAAGCACCGCCCUUGCACGCAAGAUUGGAGGAUUUUAUAGCUCAAGCGAGAGCGCUCCUUCUCUUCUUCGGCAUCCCACUCGAUCCACCGCGAGCGGAAGAACUAUCAAGGAGGCAGUUCUUGCCCAGCUAGCCACUUCGACGGUUGCAGAUGCAAGUCGUGUACCUGUGAUAUCGAAGCUCGCUGCUGUGUUACCAGAAAAAUAUUCAGCCUUUGAUUCUGGCAAGCAUGAACACCAACUGUGGGCACAUAAGUACGCUCCUCAGACCGCCGAAGACGUGCUUCAGAUGGGACGAGAAGCUUAUAUUCUACGCGAUUGGCUUGAGCAUCUCAAAGUAACAUCAGUGGACACUGGCAAGGCUUCAACUGGAAUCAAUGGCCAAAGGCCUAGGAAAGACAAGAAGAAGAAAAAGAAGCAGAAGCAGAAGGACGGGCUUGAUGAUUUCAUUGUUUCUAGUGAAGAAGAAGCAUCGGAGAUGGAUAAUAUUUCUGGCUCGGAAGAUGAGCUUGCGGGUGAUGUCACAGUUUCUUCGCACAGAACUGUCAUCCGACCAGGCGACAGAGGGCUUUCCUCUCAACAUGACGGGGAGAAACCCCGAAUCACAAACGCAAUUCUGCUGAGCGGUCCUUCAGGUUCCGGUAAAACUGCUUCAGUGUAUGCAGUUGCUAAAGAGCUAGACUAUGAGGUUUUUGAAAUCAACCCAGGCAGUCGCCGUAGUGCGCGGGACAUGCUGGAAAGAGUCGGUGACAUGACGCAAAAUCAUUUAGUUCACCUCCUGAACGACAAUGGCGAGGUCUCUGUCAAAACCAAGGAUUCUGGUGUGGUAGAUGAUUCGAAACAAAAUAAAUUAGUGAGCUUCUUCAAAGGUCCGCCUACGAAGGCCCCCCAAACACCGCAGAUGGACACGAAGCCGGGGGGUGAGCCUCCUUUGACAAAGCGAUCCCGGGAGCAGAAACAGUCCCUCAUUCUGUUGGAGGAAGCAGAUAUCCUGUUUGAGGAAGACAAACAGUUUUGGACAGGAGUACUUACCCUGAUCAGCCAAUCACGGCGGCCAAUAAUCAUCACCUGCAAUGAUGAAAGCCGUCUUCCUACCCAGGACAUGUCGUUACAUGCUAUCCUGCGUUACCAGAGGCCCCCUCCCGAACUUGCUGUCGAUUAUCUUCUCCUGGUAGCUGCUUGUGAAGGGCACCUGUUGAAGCGUAGUGCUUUGGCAAAGCUUUAUAAUGGCACUGGCUUUGACAUUCGAAGAGCGCUGGCAGACCUCAAUUUCUGGUGUCAAAUGGCAGUGGGAAGCACCAAAUCAGGACUGGACUGGUUUCUGCCUCUGUGGCCACCAAGCAGUAAUGUCGACCAGAAUGGUGAAAGAGUGCGUGUUCUCAGCUUAAAUACUUAUGAAGCGUAUAUGGGCUGGCUGAACCGUGAUCUUUUCCUGCAAGACGAGCCCCUUGAGGCAGAGACCGAGGCACUGCGCAAUACCUACCAUUGGUGGAGGCUAGGUAUUCAAGAAAUAGAGGAAGCAAGCGGUCAUACCGAUGCUUCGAUGAUGCCGCCUGAGCAUUAUGCCUCGAAAUCCAAGAUGGAGCAACUCGAUAUGCUUAGCCGGGAGGCAGACUACUCCGAAAUGCGAAGUUCCUUGGACAUUCUUUGCUCACGGUGCCCUCUGGGUUCUUCAAAGGAUGUGCUUGAUACAAGUCUACCUCCUAUGCCAACAGCUCAUCGCUCCAACUAUAUUGACGCAUACCCUCUUCUCCAAACCGACCUGGCCCCAGAGUAUAGCGGCUUGAGCGAGUCCAUCGGACUCACUUUCGACACUCUUCUCUCCCGAACAUUCCGCUCACCGACCGAGGAUGUCGAAUUGGACAGCAUCAAUCGAAUCUUCAAAGGCUGGUCGCAAUUAGCCUUUAGCCGGCAAGUAUACCCAUCGGCAAAAGCAGGAUUUCAAAAGGUCUUUGAGCCGAUCAUGCGUGUUCGUUACACUGCAACCCCAGGCCGUCUUGCCCCUUCGUUCGAAAGCAGCCUUUCUCCUAUCACCGAAGAUCUCGCGCCGUACAUCCGAUCCAUCAUGGUAUUCGACGGGCGUCUGAAAGAAUACCGUGACCGCCUGUACGCUGUUUGGGCUCAGGACCAGGGCGGUGGUGACAAGCGUGCGCGUACUACUCGCGCUAGUCGCGCAGCGCUGGAGGGAAGUGACAAGGCUUUCACGCGGAGGGAAAGAUGGUUCCCAGACGACACCAACUACUUCCUUGUGCAGGGCACUGGGAUGCCUGAAUGGCAGCAUGCUUUGUUUCAAAUGGGCCACUUCCACAUACAGCCAGCAGCACCGACCCCCAAUGAGGAAGCGGAGAUGCCAGUUGUACCAGUAUAA